AUGCCUGCGCCACCCGCCCCGGUUCCCGAGCACCUCGUGCAGUUCGCGCACCGCCUGGCGGACGCCGCGCGCGAGGUCGUUCCGCCGUUCUUCCGCCAGCCAAUCGGCAUCGAGCUGAAGGCGGACGAGAGCCCUGUGACGGCGGCGGAUCGCGCGGCGGAGGCGGCGAUAACGGCGCUGAUCCGCGCGGAGUACCCCGCGCACGGCAUCCUGGGUGAGGAGCAGGGGCUGCAGGGGCCCGUGCGGGCGGGAGACGCUGGGGAGGGCGCAGCGGGGGGAGAGGGCGAGGGCGGGUGGGAGAGCGAGUGCGAGUGGGUGUGGGUGAUCGAUCCGAUCGACGGCACGGCGAGCUUCAUCACGGGCAAGCCGCUCUUCGGCACGCUCGUCGCGCUGCUGCACCGCGGCCGCCCCGUGCUGGGCGUGCUCGAGCAGCCCGUGCUGCGCGAGCGAUGGGUCGGCGUUGCUGGCCGCCCCACCACCUUCAACGGCGUCCCGGUCGCCACGCGCCGCUGUGCCGAUCUGCGCGACGCGUACGUGUACACCACGUCGCCGGACCUCUUCCCCGGCGCCAGCGGCGAGGCGUUCCGCGCGGUGAAGAGCGGUGCGCGCAAGGCGAACUACGGGUGCGACUGCUACGCGUUCGGGCUGCUGUCGAGCGGGUUCGUGGACGUGGCGCUGGAGUUCGGCGUCAAGCCCUGGGACUACCUCGCUCUCGUCCCCAUUGUGGCGGGCGCGGGCGGGCGCAUGACCGACUGGCGCGGGCGCGAGCUGCGGCUGGCGUCGCUGCGCGCGGAGGACUGGGUGGGCGACGUGGUGGCGACGGGCGACGCGCAGCUGCAUGCGACGGUGCUGGCGACGCUGGCUUGGGAGCAGCGCGGCAAGGGCGAGCGGGGCGCUGAUAUCGGAGCACAGUACCUAGAACCUCCCGCAGAUCGUCUCGCCAGUCCCUUUCAAAACUGUCCCGCAACGGCCUCCGCCAUGCAGCCCCGCGCUCUCCUCCCCCAUUCCCCGCGCCCUUCCGCCUUUUCCCCGCUCACCCAUCCCCUGCUCACCCGCGUUUCCGCCGCUCCCCGCCGCAUCUCGCCUCGCGCCCAGCAAUCAGGCCCUUCCGACACUCCGCGCGCCGAUGCGCCCGCGCCUGCGCAGGCCACGAUGGCGGACGGCACGGAAUUUGUGCGCGCGCAUCUGCUCCGGCUGAAGGCCUACACCCCCAUCGUGCCGUUCGAGGUGCUGUCGGCGCAGCUGGGGCGCGCGCCGGAGGACAUCGUGAAGCUGGACGCCAACGAGAACCCCUACGGCCCGCCUCCUGAGGUGAGGGAGGCGCUGGGGUCUCUAUCAUUCCCGCACGUGUAUCCGGACCCGGAGAGCCGCCAGCUGAGGGCAGCAUUGGCGCAGGAGUGUGGCGUGCCCAUGGAGCAUCUGCUCGUGGGCUGUGGGGCGGACGAGCUCAUCGACCUCAUCAUGCGGUGUGUGUUGGAGCCGGGGGAGGCGAUAGUGGACUGUCCGCCCACCUUCACCAUGUAUGCGUUUGACGCCCAUGUCAACAACGCACGCGUCAUCACGGUGCCGCGGCGCAGCGACUUCUCAAUAGACGUGGCGGGCGUGGUGGCGGCGGUGGAGGCGCACCGCCCCAAGCUGCUCUUCCUCACCUCGCCCAACAACCCUGACGGCAGCAUGUUGAGUGGGGAGGACCUGCAGCAGCUGCUGCGGCUACCAGUGCUGGUGGUGCUGGACGAGGCGUACAUUGAGUUCAGCGACUGCCCCUCCGCCAUGCCGCUCGUGCAGCGCCACGCCAACCUCAUUGUGCUCCGCACCUUCAGCAAGCGCGCCGGGCUGGCGGGGCUGAGGGUGGGGUACGGGGCGUUCCCGCUGCCGCUGGUGGAGUACCUGUGGCGCGCCAAGCAGCCCUACAACGUGUCUGUUGCAGCCGAGGUCGCUGCCUGUGCAGCACUCUCCAACCAGCCCUACCUGCAGGAGGUGAGGGAUGCGCUGGUGAGGGAGAGGGCGCGCCUAAUGGACCACCUCACAGCGCUGCCCUUCCUCAAGCCCUUCCCCAGCCAUGCCAACUUCAUUCUCUGCGCCCUGCACAACACCCACUGGACUGCCAAGCAGCUCAAGGAGGAGCUGGCAGCGCGGGGCAUCAUGGUGCGGCACUACAGCCAGCCUGACCUCUGCAACUACAUUCGCAUCAGCGUCGGCAAGCCCGAGCACACAGAUGCACUCAUUCGAGCACUCUCACAGUUAAUUUAG